GCGCAUUCCACGCUGUCAAGGAAGGUCGGGGCUGUCGUCAGAUCCGCAAGGCAUUUCGGGCGACCGGAGACUGAGUCGCCCAAUAAUACAAACAAGCCGCCGGACGCAGUGGAAUAGGUCGAACAUGCGAAAAAACGCGUGGUUAUGAAUUAACACACAUUCAUCUCCAUGAAUGUGUCUUUUAUUUAUUUCCCCCCCAUUCCUGUCGAAGUGUCAGUGUUUGAUUGCGCGUGCACUGGGAUAAAACAGUCGGCACGCUAAUCCUAAAGGGAACGCACAGUAUCACUCCAGUAUGGCGGACAGUAUGAUGAGUAAAGCAGCCACAAUGGAGAUUCCCAUUAACAGUAAUGGGGACUCCAGAACCCUGGCAGAAGAUGACACCCUGGAGCAGGCUGCAAAGAAUCAGUGGAGCUUGAAAGAAAAGGAUUUACAGCAGGUCAUGGUGUCUGGGCCCAACCUGAAUGAGACCAGCAUUGUAUCAGGUGGUUAUGGAGGUACAGCAGAGGGCAUCAUUCCAACCAGCUCCAUUAAAGGCCCUGCAAUUCGUCUUAACACAAACUUUGUGGGCAACAGGCGCAUUCCAAACGAAGGACAAGACCUGCGAAUGAAGUCCAGGGGUGUUAGCAUUGCCCCAAGCCAGACCGCAGCCUGCCGAAUAGCCAGCCAACCGGAAGACAUCCCCUGUAUCCCAGGGUCCAACAUGCAUCAUACCAACAGCAGCUCCUCCAUCCCGGCAGAUGAGGCUUCAAGAGGCGUUGCUGUGGAGAAGUUUGACAUUGUGAAGAAGUGGGGACUAAACACUUACAAGUGCACAAAACAGAUGAUCUCCGAGAGGUUCGGCCGUGGCUCCCGUACCGUGGAUCUGGAACUGGAGGCUCAGAUUGAGGUUCUGCGGGAAACCAAACGGAAGUAUGAGAGUGUGCUGCAUUUAGCGCGAGCACUAACCAACCACUUUUACAGCAUGGUGCAGACGCAGAACGCCCUUGGUGACACUUUUGCAGACCUGAGUCAGAAGUCUCCUGAACUUCGGGAUGAAUUUGGGUACAAUGCAGAAACACAGAAGCUGUUGUGCAAGAAUGGAGAGACACUGCUGGGUGCCAUCAACUACUUUGUGUCCAGCAUCAACACACUGGUGAACAAGACAAUGGAAGACACACUUUUGACUAUCAAGAUGUAUGAAAAUGCCAGGCUGGAGUUUGAUGCAUACAGGGCAGAUCUAGAGGAGCUGAACAUGGGCCCUCGGGAUGCUGUUACCAUGGCUCGUUUCGAGGCUGCUCAGGAGCAGUAUCAGAUCCACAAGGACAAAUACGAACGUCUCCGUAGUGAUGUCACAAUCAAGAUCAAGUUUCUGGAAGAAAACAAGGUGAAAGUAAUGCACAAACAACUUUUGCUGUUCCACAACGCCAUCUCUGCCUAUUUUGCUGGAAACCAACAGCAGCUGGAACAGACCCUCAAGCAGUUCAACAUUAAACUCAAACCGCCAGGAGCAGACAAGCCCUCUUGGCUCGAGGAACAGUAAAAGUGGCCAUUUACCUCUGCAUUCCUAUUAUAUGUCUUUGCCGCACGAUGCGUCAUGGUGGAGCAUCGAGACCAGCGAUCUGGGAUGCUAGAAAAGGUUGAGGCUACAGCGAAGCCUUCUUCUCACUAACUUUCUCUAGCCCUCUUUAGCCCACACCUCUCCUCUUUGAUUCUAUUUUUCCUCCUGUUAUUACUCUAAACUGUUUUCAAGUCUCUGAAUGGUCACCUCUGGUUUGUAUCCAGUCCCAAAGCUCCAAUCAAAUAACCGAGAUAUCAGUAACGUCUCUAAAAGUAUCAUUAAACAAACUGAAACAAUCUUUCCUGUCAUACAGAACUGCUGUUUUUUCCAGACUAUUCUCAAUCUUAUACUGUAGACAGUGACCACAGAAAGAGGAACUUUUCCCUUUUUAUUUUAUUAUCUUUUUCUGUAUUGUGGAUUUGGUCUUGUAGAUGAUAUGGGUGCGGAUAACGCAGAGCAUUCUUAUCACAGAGCUCUCAGUGUUCAGUGUUUUUGGUAAUCUGUGAUUUUCUUUAGAUGAAAUUCAAUUGAAGGUUUAUCUGAUAUUGAAGAUACUGGUAUUGCACUUGUGUGUUUACUAGGCUAUUAAUAUAGAUGCUUAUCCAGCUCUCUCUCCCAUCUCUAUCUAAAUACUUUGGAUACAUGAAAAUAUUACAUUUAAAAUCUUAAAAUAAGUCUCUCCUUUUUUCCAACAUUUUUAACAUUGGAUCACUAAACAUUGGUGCAUAUUUUGUUAUGCACGUAUUUACAAAUCCUUGCACAUUGUCCAGAAAUGUAUGUAAAAUCACUGUCUCAAGUCAAGUUUGCAUUUCAGACUUGAAUCGAUAAAACAUUACUUGUUUUCUCUAAAUAAGAAGUCUAAUUUUGUUUUUAUUUGGAUGGUUAUUGAUUGUUGUAUUAUGUAGUAAUGCAUAAUGCUGUGGAAUGUUUUGUAUAACCAAGUUCAUAAUCAGAAAUUAAGUGUAUUUAUAAGUUCUAUUUUUGAUAGUUUUGUUUAACAAAGGCCAGUGAUUGAAGUCCGCCAUUAUAUGCCUCUUUAUGUACCAAAAUGUGCACUAGUGAUUAUGUACUGAUUUGUUACCUAAAAGCAUUGGCAUUGUCAUCCUCUCCUCCCAAUAUUCCAUACAAAAGCCACAUAUGCAAAUUGUUUAUAUUGUAGCCUGUGCUUAAUGUGUCUUUCUACCUUUUGUUUAAAAAAACAUGUUUUUCCCCCAAUGAAGGCUUUACACUACCAUUAAUGUAUGUCACUUUAUCAUUUUUCUCUUUUUAUGGCAAAAAUAACUGUAAUUUCGAAAUUGUCUCAGAAAAUGUACGAAAAAUCAAAGGGUAAAUAUUUAAAAGGAUAAAAGUUUAAAAGAAUAUUCA